GGCUCGUUCGUUCUCUUCACUGCAAACAGAGUGUGAUUUGGGAUUAACAGGACACUUUUACCGCAGUUUAAUCAACUAAAGAUUAUUUCUUCAUUUGACAAGAUUCAUCAUGAAGUGUUUAGUAGUGUUAGCAGUCUGUCUUGGAAUUUCAUCCGGCUGGCCUGUCAAGCAAAACAUGGAUGCCUUAGAUGAUCCGAGUUGGAAGGCAUGGAAAUCAUUUCACAACAAAAACUACGAUGAUGAGGGUGAAGAGAGAGUGCGUAACUUCAUCUGGCAAGACAACUUAAAAAGAAUUGUUUCUCACAAUGAAGUUCACAAAUACAAACUCGCUAUGAAUCAUCUUGGAGACAUGACAUCACAAGAAGUAAAAGAGAUGCUGAAUGGAUACAAGAUGAAAAAUAACUUGCUGGGCUCCAAGGACAAAGCUUCCACUUUCCUUACACCAUCAAAUUUGAAGAUUCCAGACACUGUCGAUUGGAGAACGGAAGGUUAUGUGACUCCAGUUAAGAACCAAGCCCAUUGUGGAUCAUGCUGGGCUUUUAGUACAACUGGAUCUUUAGAAGGACAACACUUCAAGAAGACUGGCAAGCUUGUCUCUCUUAGUGAACAGAAUCUUGUAGACUGCUCUGAGUCAUUUGGAAACAAUGGUUGUCAUGGUGGUCUGAUGGACAAUGCUUUUAAGUACAUUAAAAGCAACGAUGGUGUUGACACUGAACAAAGUUACCCAUAUCUUGCCAAGGUUGGCACUUGUCAUUUCAAUGUUUCUGAUGUUGGUGCGACUGACACUGGUUUUGUGGAUAUUGCAUCGGGAGAUGAGUCUGCCCUCCAAGCAGCCUCUGCUUCCAUUGGUCCAAUCUCAGUAGCAAUCGAUGCUAGCCACAGUUCCUUUCAGUUUUACCACACAGGUGUUUACGACGAACCCGCUUGUAGCAGUACUCAACUUGAUCAUGGUGUCCUAGUCGUGGGAUAUGGCAGCGAAGACGGUCAAGAUUACUGGCUUGUCAAGAACAGGUAGGCAAACUUAUUUUGUCAGUAAUGAUGUGUUAUUGCUCUGGCUGCUUUAACAAGAUUUUAGAGGUCACUGGAAUGUUUUACAUUGACCCAGUAAUUGGAAAUGUUCAGUAGAUCAAAGGAACUACCUACAUUGGAAUCGUGAUUUUUUGAAACUGCAAGGGAAACAAAAAUUGCUGUGGAAAUUUUUGUGGUUUGAGAAAUCAGGGGGAAAAUUACAGUUUUGGACUGAGGGAAGGGAAGCGACACUUGGUUUGGAGGAGGUUUGAAAAGUCAUGGGUUUGAGUAAUCAAGAUUCCACUCAAUGUUGUGAGUGUAAUAUAUUGAGUUUUUUAUGAUUACAAAAACAACAUUAAUUUUAUAGGUCUUGAAAUCAGUAACACAGUUUACUAAGGAUGAAAAACUUUAAAAGUCUGUAACAUUGAAUAAAAUAGAACAUGUUUGAAGUUAGAUGAUCAAACUC